CCUAAGAAAAAAAAAAAUCUCAUACCUACAAAAUUUCUUCUUUUUUUCACAAUGCAAGAUGCACUUCCAUACAAAUCAUGGAAUUUUUUCCCAACAAAUUCCACAACUCUAAACAAAUCUUCAUCUCUAAUGAUCAAUCAAAUCAAUUACUCUAAAGGGAAUUUCAAGAAAAUAGUAGCGGAAAACGCCGUUAUAGUUUUUAGACAACGUGGCUGUUGUAUGAGCCACGUCAUCAAGCGUUUACUUCAAUGUCUAGGAGCGAACCCCGUUAUGUACGACAUUGAAGAAAAAUACGAAAAUGAGGCGAUAACGGAGCUAGAGGAUAUCGGAAAAAUUGUCGGUGUCGGUGAUCGGAGAGAGGAUCGGAGUGUUUCAUCGCUGUUGCCGGCGGUGUUUAUCGGAGGAGAGUUGUUCGGAGGAUUGGAUCGGAUUAUGGAAGCUCAUAUUAGUGGUGAAUUGUGUCCUAUUUUGAAAAAUGCAGGGGCCUUGUGGCUAUGAUUUUUAUAUAUAUAUUUUGUAACAAUUUAAUUACGAUAUUAUAUUUUCAUUUUAUUUUUAAUGAAAAGAUUUGUAUCGAGAUAUAUUUUCAUGAGUCGCGCUUGGCUCUUGACGAG